CACACAGCCAAAUGGCAACAUUCCAAAUCCACACUCUCAAUUACCUUCAUCUGCACUCAUUCAAACAGAGAUAAACCAGAAUAAUACUACAACCCCACUCUCAAAACUCAAAACCCCGCAAAUCAAUACAACACCAAACAAACGCUAUUACCAUUGAUUUUUCUCACACUCACUCUUCUCAACUUCAAAAACAAACGAUAUAAAUAUCUCUUAGAUCGAUCUUUCACAAGAGAUCGUUAAAAAUGCCGAUCUUCUGGAACCACAUGAAAUCAUCAUCAUCUCCGUUACUUCAACGCCUCAAACGCCAUGUCACCGGCGGCCACUUCUUACAGUCGCGAAUUUUCACGACGUUGGAAGGUCAUCGUCCUACAAUCGUCCAUAAACGUAGUCUCGAUAUUCUUCACGAUCCUUGGUUCAAUAAAGGAACAGCCUUUUCCAUGACCGAACGAGACCGCCUUGAUCUAAGAGGACUGCUUCCUCCAAAUGUUGUGUCUCCUGAUGUACAAAUUGAGCGCUUCAUGGUUGAUUUGAAAAGGCUUGAAGUUCAUGCAAGAGAUGGGCCUUCCGAUCCUAAUGCACUGGCCAUGUGGCGGAUAUUAAACCGCUUGCAUGACAGAAAUGAGACUAUGUACUAUAAAGUUUUGAUUGCUAAUAUUGAGGAAUAUGCACCAAUAGUAUAUACUCCAACAGUGGGUCUUGUAUGUCAGAACUAUAGUGGACUUUUUAGAAGGCCAAGAGGAAUGUAUUUCAGUGCUCAGGAUCGUGGGGAAAUGAUGUCCAUGGUCUAUAACUGGCCAGCUGAGCAGGUCGAUAUGAUUGUGGUUACUGAUGGGAGCAGAAUUCUGGGACUUGGAGAUCUUGGAGUACAAGGAAUUGGCAUUGCCAUUGGGAAGCUUGAUCUAUAUGUUGCUGCUGCUGGGAUAAAUCCUCAAAGGGUACUUCCUGUGAUGAUUGACGUUGGUACUAACAACAAAAAGUUACUCGAAGAUCCCUUAUAUUUAGGAUUGCAGCAGCAUCGCCUUGAUGGGGAUGACUAUCUUGCUGUUAUAGAUGAAUUCAUGGAAGCUGUCUUUACUCGCUGGCCAAAUGUGAUUGUACAGUUUGAAGAUUUUCAAAGCAAAUGGGCUUUUAAGUUAUUACAAAGGUACAGAACUACCUACCGAAUGUUUAAUGAUGAUGUGCAGGGGACAGCUGGUGUUGCAAUUGCUGGACUUCUAGGUGCUGUAAGAGCUCAAGGAAGGCCAAUGAUUGACUUCCCAAGGCAGAGGAUAGUUGUUGCCGGUGCUGGAAGUGCCGGAAUUGGCGUUCUUAAUGCGGCAAGAAAAACAAUGGCAAGGAUGCUGGGUAAUAAUGAAGUAGCUUUUCAGAGUGCAAAGAGUCAAUUUUGGGUUGUUGAUGCAAAGGGGUUAAUCACAGAAGGACGUGAAAACAUUGAUCCAGAUGCCCUUCCUUUUGCAAGAAGUUUGAAAGAAAUGGAUCGCCAAGGACUAAAGGAAGGAGCAAGUCUUGCGGAAGUGGUCAAGCAAGUGAAGCCUGAUGUCCUCCUUGGACUAUCUGCUGUUGGAGGAUUGUUCUCAACUGAGGUAUUGGAGGCCCUCAAGGGUUCAACGUCAACAAGACCAGCCAUAUUUGCCAUGUCAAAUCCAACAAAGAAUGCUGAAUGCACCCCUGAAGAAGCAUUCUCCAUUUUGGGCGAGAACAUGAUAUUUGCAAGUGGAAGUCCGUUUAGUAAUGUGGAUCUCGGAAAUGGUCAUAUUGGACACUGCAACCAGGGAAACAACAUGUACCUAUUUCCAGGCAUUGGUCUUGGAACUCUUUUGUCUGGCUCUAGGAUUGUAUCCGACGGCAUGUUACAGGCUGCUGCUGAGCGUUUGGCUGCGUAUAUGAGUGAAGAGGAGGUCCUCAAAGGGAUUAUUUUCCCUUCAAUAUCCAGGAUUCGAGAUAUUACAAAGGAGGUUGCUGCAGCUGUUAUACAAGAAGCUGUGGAAGAGGAUCUAGCAGAAGGAUAUCACGAAAUGGAUGCUCGAGAACUCCGCAAACUUAGCCCGGAUGAAAUUAAGGAAUAUGUGGUGAAUAACAUGUGGAAUCCAGAGUACCCAACAUUAGUAUACAGGAAAGAGUGAACAACCUGCAGGAUGGAAUAAACCUUACAUACUUAAAUUAUAUGAAAUUCUAAAAUAUCAUCUCAUAGCUUAUUUUGAGUUUAACAAAGAAAAGCAAAUCUUAUGAGGCAUAGUUGCAUGUAAAUGAAGUUGAUAGUAACAUGAGGUUGGUUGUAGCAUCAUAUUGAAGGACAUGUAUGGUGCAUCGUUACACUUACACCAAUUUUUAAAUGGUGUACUGGUAAAUUCAUUUUUAAUCCACUGUAAGUGUCAACACUACAAUGAAUCUGAUGACCAAUAAUUCACAAUUUUUGUUUUACAGA